AUGAAAUUUGUUGUAGUCGCGGCUUUUGUUGUUGGACUCGUGGUAGUUGAGGUAUGUGCCGUGGUUUGUAUGAAAAAGUGCAAAGGCAUAAAACGAGGAAGAUUUUAUUAACAGGGGAAGUACUCCAAGUGCGACGCUCAGAUUUUCUUUAAAAUUUGCACACACGUCGGGUAUGGACUAAACAUCAAUUCCUGAAAGUUUAAGCUCACGCUUUGCGGGCGCCGCCGAGAUAUCGAACGAUUUUUGCCGCCGAGAGAGCACGCUAAACGUGGAGAGCGGUCAGAGAGAAAAGCGCUUUUUGGCCAUAACUUUGGCAGUUUCGUGCGGAAAAAUUUGAUUUUUUGUAGAAACAUUAUCCUUUACGGUUGAAUCCUCAAAAGUAUGCAUAUUGUAAAUGUUCCUGAAGAUUUUUUAUUCACGUUGAGGGCUGAUUGCCACCUUUUUAGUCCUGCAGCCCUACACCGACCACCACCAAAACUGCCACUACAACAACUGUGGCCCCAGGCCGAAAACGUCGUUCUGCGGACCCGAUCGAAGUGAUUCUCCACUCAAAACUACCUGCUAGCAAAGGAGAGGAUUUGCUCGAGAAACUGGAAAAAGCAGCGACGUCUCAAAAUUUGGAUAUUGAAAAAUUCGGGAAGAUCGAACAAGCCAUCGGAUUCGACGCCGACGAUAAUGUGGAAUUAAUUCAUACCCUGGACAGUGAUGUGGAUUGCAACGAAGUGAGGUCGGCCACUAAGAAAAUCAUCAGCAAAGUCCCGGAGAUCAGCCGAGCCUCGGUGAAAUGCCACGGGCAACAAUUCAGAGUCUAA